AAACAAUUUUUACAAUUCCAAAAAUCCCAAACCCUCCAAAACCCCUAAAACCCAAAAUCUCUCCAUUGUUAGGUUUCCCUCUGUAAUAUUACAAUUGUUAUUGUUUCAUUUUCAUCAAUUCAAAUUUCAAUUCUUCAGAUCUCUGAUUUCAAUUCAUGGACUCGUCUUCCCCGGAGGUUCACCCUCGAAUCACUGUUGCUGGAGAGACAGCUACUAGAUGGGAGCCUGUUACAGAUCAGCCUCUUUCGCCCAAAGAUGAAAGGAUUGUUUCAGCGAAUCCUCCUCCGGAUGCAGCUAUUGUAGAUGUCACAGAACAACCACAACCUUCAGAUGCUGGUGGAGAUCUUAGUGUUUUACCACCACUUAAUGCUUAUACUUCACAUGAACAGAUGUUAUCAUAUGGUAGUUAUGGCAAUAAUGCUGGUGCUUGGGAUGGAUAUCCUCAAUAUCUCAAUGCUGCUGAUGGCAUGCAUAUAUCUCCGGUUGUCUACAAUGAAAAUCCAUCUCUCAUGUUUCAUUCGGGUUAUGGCUUCAAUCCUGAGAUGGCAUAUGGGCAGUAUUCUCCAGUUGCUACACCUUUGCCUUCUAUAAUGCUAGAAGGCCCUUUAUACUCUACAAAGCAGAUUCCUUUUUCACCAUCUUUCUAUCCACAACAUGCACAUCCCAAUGUGCCUUCAUCAGUUCCUGUUUCAUCAUCUGAGCUCAUGAUGUCAGAAAGUAAUACUGAUAACUUGCCUUUUGGACCAGGAUCCGGUUAUUUUGUACAGUUUGGAUCAUAUGGAGGCAACAUGUCUGGGACACCUGGCUCUGGUCCAUUAACAUCCCCAACAGUUUAUCCUCAGCCAAUGGGCAUACUUGGGCCAUAUGAGCACCAUAUGCAACAGGUUUCUCAACAAAGGUUGCCUGGAUAUGGACUGACAUCAACUUCUUCUGUUGGACGCUACCAGCAUGGUGGCUCAUUUCAGAGCGCUAACUUUGGCAGUGGUUCCGUGUCUUAUCCAGGGGUUUAUGAUCGGGUGCCACUGACUCUUGAUAAGGGUAGAAGAAGAGAGAGGGAUCAGGAUUCAGUUUACUCUUCUAAUGAUUCUUUUGCUUUUGACCGCAAUCGAGGACCAAGGGCUUCAGAGCUUAAGGGCAAGAUGACUGAGCAGAUCUCUCAAUCUGGUCAUGGCAAAGAUUAUUCUUCUAGCUCUGAAUUUCAGCUUGAUUUGUACAACAGGCCAGAUUUUGUCUCAGAUUAUGAGAAUGCCAGGUUCUUUAUAAUAAAGUCUUUCAGUGAAGACAAUGUCCAUAAAAGCAUCAAGUACAGUGUUUGGGCCAGCACACCACAUGGAAAUAAAAAACUGGAUGUUGCAUAUCGUGAAGCAAAGGAGAGCGGAAGCAACUGUCCAGUCUUUCUGUUGUUUUCGGUCAAUGCUAGUGGACAAUUUUGUGGGGUAGCUCAGAUGGUUGGACCUGUCAAUUUUGAGAAAGAUGCUGAUUACUGGCAACAAGACAGAUGGAGUGGUCAAUUCCCAGUCCAGUGGCAUAUCAUCAAAGAUGUUCCUAACAGUCGAUUCAGACACAUAUUACUAAAAAAUAAUGAUAACAAGCCUGUUACUCAUAGCCGAGAUGCUCAGGAGGUGAAACUGGAACAAGGUAUUGAAAUGUUGAAAAUUUUCAAGGAACAUGUUAUGCACACAUCUAUUCUAGAUGAUUUUGGUUUCUAUGAUCAGAGGGAGAGAGCUUUGAAGGAAAGGAGGGCCAGACAAGUGGCUAAUUCGACGACAGAUACUUUGAGUCUACUAGCUGAUGAGACUGUAAGUCAAAUAUCUAAUAGUUUUGCACAAAAUCUCCACUUGGAAGAUGGUCGUAAAGAAACAUCAGCAAGCAUAGCGAAUCGUAGCACAGUGACUGAUUCAUCUGCCUAUGAUCCAAGCAGUAGGGUUUAAUUUGUUGAGAAUUUCAUUAGCCAUAGCUCAUCAAACUUUGAAUUUAGAAGAGGGCAGCAAACUUCUGGCAUGCGAUUGGGAUCAUAAGCACCAGUAAGGCUGUGGAUAAGGUGAACACAGGUUGUUUUAACAGACAGGAGUUAACUUGUAGUUGAUGCUUUCUGUGGCCAGAGAUGUUGGGAGGUUGGUCAGGCAGAGAAGGCAACUGUUUAGUAUCUCACUAAUUUGGUAUUAAAUCUCGUGCAAUUUUCUGUGGAAGCUUUUUUCUUUUGGAUUGUGCCUGAUGCCUAAUUUGGAUGUAAUGUUAGGUUUUGUUGCUAGUUGUUUUUUUUUUUUUUUAAUUUUUUUUUUUU